ACAAGCGGAGGGGAGCAAAAUGGCGGACGAGGAUAUAACGCUUGAUGGAAAACCUCUACAAUCGCUCCGGGUUGCGGAUUUAAAAGCUGCUUUGGAGCAAAGAAACCUCCCCAAGAGCGGACAGAAAAAUGCACUCGUUAAGCGACUUAAAGGGGCUCUGAUGCUUGAAAAUCUUCAGAAGUCGUCCUCCUCUCACAGUGGGCUGCAGCCCAACUCGCAGAUCGGUGAGGAGAUGAGCCAGAACAGCUUCAUAAAACAGUACCUGGCUAAACAGCAGGAGCUCCUUCACCAGAGACUGGAGAGAGAGGCCCAGCAGGAGGAUGCAGCAGACGAAAGCUCAGCCGUGCAGGAGGAGGAUGAAGACCAUUCGGAGGACAAUGACAGCUCCUCCUAUGCCAGUAACAAGAAGAAUCGCUCCAUUCCCCCCAAGCCCUUAAUGACCCGGGCAGAGGAGAGAGGGGGAGGAGAUGCAGGGAUGGUUCUCGGGAUGAUGGCGUGCAGCCCUGACAUGGGCCCCGGUCCUACCCUCCACCCCCAGGAGUUCCUUGAGGCUCCAGGAGCUAGGAUGCAGCGAGCCACCUUUCAUCAGGGACACAAGGAGCCACCGGCCCCCUCUCCUCCCCGCGCCGUAGCCUCCCUGUCAGUGCGCGUACUGGGCCAGCCCGACCGCCAGGGGCUGCCCCCCGCCGUGCCGCGAGCCCAGGAGAAGGAGGGCACCGCACCGAGCGAACCAGGAUCCGCUCACCCCGUCCUCCACCUCAGCCGAUCCGCCGGAGUGUCAGGAGGAAGUCAGGCUCGCGAGGACAGCGAUGAUGACGACAGUGAUGACGAGAGCGAGGAUGACGAGGAUUGGGGUCCUGGUCCCGGCGGCGCUCUGAGGGGAAACAGAGCCCCCCCCCAGCCGCAGCAGAUGCCUCCCAGCUUCCCGUCAACAGUUGCCAGAUCCAAACGCAAGCUCCAGCCUCCCCAGCACAUCCCACCACCACAGGUACUCCACACACCAAUGCAACUGCGCCACCCCACCCCACCUCCCUCUCCCCCCCCUGACCUGUUUCCCCUACCUGACACUCCCAAACAGAGCCCACCAGACACAGAGGACCAGGAAGGAGAUAGGCCCGAGGCUUCACGUGGUCCCAGGGGGCCGCCUUUCCCACCUUCCACCAUGCAGAGGCAAGACUCUGACUCAAGCUCUCGUUCCAGCAGUCCGGAGCCUUCUAUGAAACGAAGGCCCGGGCCCCUCUCUCUGCUCGCACACAGGAUGGACUCUGAGGGGGCUUUCCGUGCAGCAGAGGCCACCUCCGCUGUUGAUUUGUCAGGAGAGGGGGCACACUCCACUGCCGGGUUUGCCAGUUUUGGUGAUUCUCCGCUGAAAAGACUGGAGAGAAAGAGGCUCCAGGAGAACAGAGACAUGGAGGAAGAAAGGCGACUGAAGGAGGAGAAAGAUAGAGAACAACAGCAGGCGCUGGAGAGAGAAAGAAUGAAGAUACAAGAGCAGGAGAGAGAGAGGAAACGCCUGGAAGAAGAGAGGAAACACCUGGAAGAGGAGAAGAAGCGUGAAAACGAGAGAAAAUGCCAGGAAGAGGAAAAGGAAAAAGAGAGGAAACGCCAGGAAGAGGAAAAGGAAAAAGAGAGGAAACGCCAGGAAGAGGAAAAGGAGAAAGAAAGGAAACGCCAGGAAGAGGAGAAGAUAAGAGAGGACAAACAGGAGAAGGAGAAGAAACAGGAGACCGUCUACAAAGGCAGGGUGGCUGUGACUGAGGCCCAAGACUCAGGUUCCUCAUCAGACUCCGACUCCUCUUCACAUUCAUCACAAUCCUCCUCCUCCUCCGGGGUCAAAACCGGCCCUGCCAGACAGCUGAAGAAACCAAACCAAGGACAAAAAGCAGAGGAGGAGAAAAAGGCUAAUCUGAGUAAAGAGGCAGAGAAACAACACUUUUCAACAAGGGAGGUGCCGGAGCCCAGCGCGGCCGCUGUGACGGAGGGGAAGCCGGACCCUGAGAGCUCCAUGGCCCAGCAGCCGCCCUCCGGGGCCGAGGCAGAGAACAGCGAAGGCCGCAUGGAGGAGGGCACCAAUCAGAAGGCUUUCGCUGCCCGUAAGAUUUCCCUGACCAGCAGUAAGACGUCUCCAGCCGCCACAGAUGGAGGAGCGGUGGAUUGUGAGUCGGGGACGGCGGCGGGGAGGAAGAGGCGUUGGGGCUCCAGCACGGCCGUCACCACUAAGAAACCAUCCAUCAGCAUCACCACCGACUCUCUGAAGUCGUUGAUCCCGGACAUCAAAGUGAAGGACGAGGCGGUGGUGGAGCUGCACCCAGAGGAGCUGCAGAUGUCCGGGGAUGAGGAGAGCCCAGACCCCAGCAUGGAGGACCAGGACAAGGGCCUUAAGAUCCGACGCACCGUCACACAGGUCGUCCCAGGAGACGCCCAGGAAAACGGACAGACAAACGAAGAGGAAGAGGAGGUGGAGAAAACGGAGAAGGAAAAACAGCGCAGGACUUCCAGAGACAAAAGGAAGAACAGCGUUUCAGAGGAAGCCUCGGAAACACAGAUGUCUGUCAAGCUUGAAGGAGAGGAGAAGAAAGUGACCCCGAGCGACAGUCUGGUGCGUCGCUCCAUCAGUCAACAGAAGUGCGGUGUAUCCAUCACCAUCGACGACCCCGUCCGCGCAACCAGGCAACCCUCCCCGCCACACGGCAAAGUCUCAAAAAUCAUCCAUGUGACCAACCUGGUGCGACCCUUCACCCUGGGCCAACUCAAAGAGCUGCUGAACAGGACGGGCAGCGUGCUGGAAGACGGCUUCUGGAUCGACAAGAUCAAGUCUCACUGCUUUGUCACAUACGGUUCCACAGAGGAGGCGCUCGCCACCAGAGCGGCCCUCCAUGGGGUCAAAUGGCCUUCGAGCAAUCCCAAGGUCCUCAACGUUGACUUCAGUGAGCAGGAUGAGCUGGACAUUCACAAAGGCAUCCUGAAGCCGGAGAGGGAGAAGGCCCACGCCGCCCCACAGAGUGUUCCUCAGAGCCGGCUGCCCCCCCUGAUGCCUGAGCGAGACCACGAGCACGAACAAAACUCAGAAUGGGACCGAGGCAUGGGGGGAGUACGGGAUCUGUGGGUGGAGCGGCAGAGGGAGAUGGAGCGCCGGGAAAGAGCCCGCGGCGAGCGGGAAUGGGACCGGGAUAAGGUCCGGGAGUUCGCCAGGCCGGGAGACGACAGACCACGCUCUCGAUCCAGAGAGAGGAGAAGGAGGGAGAGGGCCAAGAGCAAGGAGAGGAAGACAGAGAAGAAGGGAGACGAGCCUCCUGCAAAACUGCUGGACGACUUGUUCCUGAAGACCAAAGCAGCUCCUUGUAUAUACUGGCUUCCCCUCUCCGAUGAGCAGGCGGCACACAGGCUUCUGGAGCGCACAGAGCGGCAGAAGGAGCGCGAACAACGGCGCAAGGAGCGGCAAGAGGAGAUGGAGAAGAAGGCGGAGGAAGAAAGGGAGAGGCUGAAGGAGAGGCUGAAGGCUCGGGAGAAAGAAGGCAGCGGCGUUGCAGGGGCGAGCGGUGGAGCGGCCGGGCGAGGAGCAGAGCGAGAGAGGGAGCGCGGCCGUGACAGGGAGGCCGACAGGAAGCGGGAUGGCAGCAACCGACCCAGUCGACCCUCUAUAGGCGCUGGAGGUGGACGCCGCUCCCGUAGCAACCCCAGGGAUAGAAGGCGCUGAUCGCAGAGUGGCUGCAGGGACAGAAACGGAGAGAGAGAGGGACGAGGCGUAGCUAGGGACACAGCAGACAGGAAGGGUUUCCGCUCAGAGAUUCAUUUCUCUUUUUUCUCAAGUCCAGGACUCGUGUCUGCCCCUCGCUACCCGCCCCACCGUGCUUUAAUUUGUCCACCUUGACGCCAGUGUUUUCUUCCACACACACACUUCUGCCAUCUCACCCUCCCCCAACACGAGCACCAGCCCUUCGUCCGUGUCAUUUUACAGAGAACUGUUUAGAGCGCGGUUAAUCCAGCCCCUAUUCGAUUCUGUCUUCCAGAGUUACAGUCAGUAAGAGAGCGUUCCUCCUCUCCUGUAAAGCACAGAGGACGGGGCGCUUUUUUUUUGGCUCGCCUCAGCGUUUUGUCCCACUGAGGUCUGGGAGCCCGCCUCUUUAUUUUAGUUCUGUGGGCGCACAGUUCCUUCCUCCUCAGAGCCCUGUAAUAAAACAAGUCCAAAAUAGAUCCCCGACCUCCAGAUAUUUUCUAGGAUCCGUUCUACUCUUGAGAUAUCCCUUCUUUUCUAUUUGAAGUAUACGACUAGGAUUUGUUUUCUUAAUGUUUAGGCAUCAUGUACAUUUUUGCAGCCUUGGGCGGGUUGCGUUACCGCAGGUGAUGUUUGUGCGAGUAAUAACCUUCAUCUCCCACGAAGAUGCGACUGAAGUCUCAACACUGUAACCUAGAAACGCGUGCGAUAGGAAGAGCUGUUAUUUGUUGUGGUGUUUCCAGAGGACGUGCCCCAGUUUGUCUUUAGUGAAUGUUUUUUGCAGCUGAGAAGAGGAGAGUAAGAAAUAGUAAAGUGGUUUAUUCUGUAAUAAUUACAGGAGGCUGAUUCCCUGCACUGACGUUAGAAAAUCCCUCCUCAGACCCUUCAAUCAUAAAUAUAUUUAAAGAGGAGGUACACAUAGAAAGUUUCCCUUCCAAUAGAGUAAUGGUUACAGUUUUAAUAUUUUUAAUUUUCUGUUUUAUUUCUGAGUGGUAAGAUUUUGUUGCUUUUUUCCCCUCGAAGGUACUGAAUGUACUGAGAAUUUAAAAAACAUAAUAAAUUUAAAUUGGUUUUCA